AUCACUUUUGUUCGUGGUUCCCGUGGUAUCCGUAUUCCAGAAAGUGCGUCCGUCUUUUCACCACCCAUCUGCAGCAUCCACAGCAUGCUUACGGGAAGGCUACUGCUGUCGUUGAUUAGAAAAGGACAUACGGUGUCAGGGCGUUCGGCGUUUCAGAUUCAGCGCAGAUGAGACCUAGAAUGCAAUUGUCAAAUGGAUGUGUGAUACAAGAGCAGCGCAGAAAAUCAAUAAUCGGUCUGUUUUGCAACUGCUCACAUCGCAGCAUCGCCCAGCCAAGAACGCAGCAAAUAGUUUAUUAUAAUUAUUAGCACUUGUCGAAAUUACCCGUGAAACAGCAACUAAACUGAACAGCCGCGAGGACGAAGGAAUACACGCACACACACACGCAGGAUGUCGACAGCAAAGUCGAACAACUCCAAAUCCAGCACCCGCGACGAAGACCUCUCAUCGGAGUCGGUUGAGGUGUUACGCGAACGGCUGAAUACGAUGAAGCGCCUCAUUGCCGAACGGCAGAAUAGCACCAGCAGCGGCUCGGAGCUGUGGAAUCCACAUCCCCGGGCCUCUAGUUGUAGUGGCAUUAUCGAUGGGAAUUUUUUGAGUGUAGCUUUCGGGGGAGCCCUCAUCGUGAUACUGUCCGUAUCCGUUUACGCAUUUUACAACCUGUACCACGCGGUGCUGAAGAAAUUUCCCUCGCAGCAUACCGAGCUGUAAAAAGUAGCAUUUUCGACGCAAUGUUCCAAUUACCGCAUUAAUAUAGAUGUUUCAAAUAAAACAGAUU